ACCAGUCAGUCCAUCCGAAAUUCUCUCCUCCUCUAGUCGUCUUCGCUCGCUCAGUCCCUCAGAAGUCAGAUCCGCCUCCACGCUGCUUCCAUCUCAAAGUGCUAUACAAUGGACGAGGGAGACCAACUCCGCUACACCGGCGGCACAUCUUCUUCCACCCGCCGCGGAGUGAGCGGGACAAGCAUCCACAUCACCGCGCUCGACGGCAUCACCAACGUCAACUCCCUUUUCACCCUAGCCGUCUUUCUCGGCCUCGCCUGGAACCCCUACGACCCCACAGACGGUGGCGUCUCCGUCGGAAACUGUGCCGCCGGGCCUCGUAUCCUCGAAAACUUGGUCUCCUUUCAUGUAUACUCGUUCGCCUCCUUCCUCUUCUCCAGCCUCGUCGCUCUCUGCCUCAAGCAAGCCAUCCGCCUCGUUCGCCCGCCCUCCCAUCGCUUAUCCAUCCGCGUCAACCGAGCGCUUCUUCGUGCCGGCAUUAUCGCUUCGGCCAUCGGUUCCGUCUUGGGUUGCGGGUUUCUCAUGUUGGCUCUUGUCAACGUCGUUCAGAUCAAGCUCGGCAGGCUUGGCUGCGCCGGCGCGGCCACCGUUGGCGCCAUUGUCCCGCUCGUGACACUUAUUCCUGCCGCUAUGAUCAUCUACAUUGGGGUUAUCUUCUACGCAUUCACACGCUAGGCAUCUAAUUGCUCGUCAGAGAUGGUAAACCUCCCAUGUUUGAGUGUUGAUUUUGGCCUAUGCUUGUAUAUUCUGUAGUUUUUCUUACUCGUAUUUGAAUGGUUGUGUAAGUUACAAUUGAAAGGUGCCCUUAUGCUAAUUAGCUUAAAUUAUUGCUAUCAAUUUCCUGGCAUUUAUAAUGCUAC